CUGCCAAGUAAAGCAAACCUGUGCAGGGUGCAGUCCCAGGUCCAAGCCAGCCUUGCAAAAAGGCCUGGUGCACAGGUAGAAUUGCUGCCUUUCACCCCUCGUCUAUAGCAUAAUGGCUGUGCUUUUGAGUCCUCUCUCCAGCCUACAAGCCUGAAGUGGCUUUCAUUGUUUGCUAAUUCCCUGUGUGCUGCUGCUGCUGCUCCAGGCCAUCCUGCCCUCAUAUUUUCCACUUGUGGGUAACCGUAAAGUGGUAAGGCUGACUCUCCAAUGGAAAGAGUUUUGUUCAAGUGCCAUCCUCCAGCUCGGCAAUUUUCAAAGAUGCAGCAGUUUCAAGCUCCAACUUUCGGGUGGCAAGGAUCUGAACUUUUAACCUCAUGCCAUCAGCCCAGAAGUUGUCACCAAGAACGCCUCCCAGCUCCUGCAGCACGCAUGAGAGAAACAAAGACAGGGUGUGUGGGUGAACUUUUUAUCUGCGGGCAAAAAGUGGAGGAACUUCUGGUAGAGUCUUCUAGCAAAAUUGCCCACCUGAAAAGGAAAGUUGCCGCCAUGGCCCUGGGGCUCUUCCGGGUGUGCCUAGUGGUGGUGACGGCCAUCAUCAACCACCCGCUGCUGUUCCCGCGAGAGAACGCCACGGUCCCCGAGAACGAGGAGGAGAUCAUCCGCCAGAUGCAGGCGCACCAGGAGAAGCUGCAGCUGGAGCAGCUACGGCUGGAGGAGGAGAUGGCGCGGCUGGCGGCCGACAAGGAGGCCGAGAAGGAGGCACUGGAGCGGGUGGCGGAGGAGGGCCAGCAGCAGAAUGAGAACCGCACCGCCUGGGACCUGUGGAGCACUCUCUGCAUGAUCCUCUUCCUGGUGAUCGAGGUGUGGCGGCAAGACCACCAGGACGCGCCCUCACCCGAGUGCCUGGGCUCGGAUGAGGACGAGCUGCCCGACCUGCAGGGCGCCCCGCUCCGGGGCCUCACCCUGCCCAACAGGGCCACGCUCGACCACUUCUACGAGCGCUGCAUCCGGGGGGCCACGGCUGACGCCGCCCGCACCCGGGAGUUUGUGGAGGGCUUCGUGGAUGACUUGCUGGAAGCCCUGAGGAGCCUGUGCAGCCGGGACUCGGACAUGGAGGUGGAGGACUUCAUCGGUGUGGACAGCAUGUAUGAGAACUGGCAGGUGAACAAGCCUCUGCUGUGCGACCUCUUCGUGCCCUUCAUGCCCCCGGAGCCCUACCACUUCCACCCAGAGCUCUGGUGCUCCAGCCGCUCCGUGCCUUUGGAUCGUCAGGGCUAUGGCCAGAUCAAGGUGGUCCGGGCCGAUGAGGACACGCUGGGCUGUAUCUGCGGCAAGACCAAGCUUGGAGAAGACAUGCUGUGUCUCCUCCAUGGCAGGAACAAUGUGGUGCGCCGCGGCAGCAAGGUGGCAGACCCGCUGUGUGCCCCCGACUCCCCAUACCUGGACACCAUGCGCGUCAUGAAGUGGUUCCAGACUGCCCUCACCAGAGCCUGGCACCGCAUCGCCCACAAGUACGAAUUCGACCUGGCCUUUGGCCAGCUGGGCACCCCGGGGUCUCUCAAGAUCAGGUUCCGCUCGGGGAAGUCCAUGCCCUUCAAUCUCAUUCCCGUGAUCCAGUGUGACGACUCCGACCUCUACUUCGUCUCCCACCUUGCCCGGGAGCCCGGCGAGGGGACCCAGGCACCCAGCACCGAUUGGCUCCUGUCCUUCGCUGUCUACGAGCGCCACUUCCUCAGGGUAACUUCGAAGGCGCUGCCCGACGGCGCCUGCCACCUCAGCUGCUUGCAGAUCGCCUCCUUCCUGCUCUCAAAGCAGAGCCGCCUGACCGGUCCCAGCGGGUUGGGCAACUACCACCUGAAGACCGCCCUUCUGCACCUCUUGCUCGCCCGGCGGCCUGCCGAUUGGAAGGCCGAGCAGCUCGACGCUCGUCUCCAUGAGCUGCUGUGCUUCCUGGAGAAGAGCCUGCUAGAGAAGAAGCUCCAGCACUUUUUCAUCGGCAACCGCAAGGUGCCAGAGGCCAUGGGGCUCCCUGAGGCCGUGCGCAGGGCGGAGCCUCUCAACCUCUUCCGGCCCUUUGUCCUACAGCGAAGUCUCUACCGGAAGACAGUGGACUCCUUCUAUGAGAUGCUCAAGAAUGCCCCAGCACUCAUUAGCGAGUACUCCCUCCAUAUCACCUCAGACCAUGUCAGCCUGCCCCCCAAAACUGUCAUCUUGUAGAGCAUCCACGACACAGAGGGCCAGAUCGCAGGGCAUCCUAUGCGUUUACACCCCUGGGGGCAUCUGCAGGCCCUGUCCUGGGAAGACGGCAGGCUUUAUAGGGUGCCAUGGCUCAGCCUGUCAGGGAAGCCAAACCCUAUAACACAGAGGAAAUGGAAUUCCAAGCCAAAACUGGUUUGCUUUCAUGCCGUUGGGACUUGCCAGUUGAAGCUGUUGUCUGGGUUUAGGGACUGAUCCUCUGCAACUGACUUUUGGAUCACUCCCAAUGACAAAGAUGAUGAUAAAACUCUAUGGAUGCUGAGUUACGGGACAAUGCAAACGGCACAAACAACGAUUUGGGUGUGAUUCUUUUUAUAUCCCAGGUCCAAUCUUUACUUGAAUAUCAACAAAGGAUCUACAGGAAUGCUAACAGGAACCGGAGUUAAGAUCCUGCACCCUGAGUUUCCAGUAACCCUUGGCCGCAGGCAUCUGCAGCCAAACAGUGGGCAUCAAUAUGGGAAUUUGCAGCGUUCCAUCCAUAGCCCACACUAUAGGGAUCCCCACUGUGGCUGCCAUUUUUAUACUGUUUGGAGAAAAGACUCGGAGAGAUUUGCAGCCCGAGUGGCUAACGUCUCUGUUGUACAGAAGUGGGUACCUGGCAGAGAGAAGUUGAAGUUGGCCGUUGUUUCAGCUCCACAUCUCGCUCAAGGUGCACCCGUUUCUCUCUGCCCCUUCCCCUUGGAUGCUGCAUUUUGAACCCUGUAUGGGCCACAUACCAUGUGGGUGCAAGCUCAGUGGCUCCUCACCCUCAUCUGUCUCCACAGCUGGUCUCUCCAGCCACCAAUAUGUUGGGAGGUGGAGGCACUGAAGGUGGAAGAUGAGAGAGAAAGAAGGGCACUCACAGGGUGCCUGGGGUCAAGGGCAGAGCCUGGUACCUGGGGUGCUGGGGUCUGGCCUGAAGUCUGGCUUUCAGAGAAGAUGCCCAGUUCAGAGAAGAUCAUAGAGAUGAGGGAUGCCAUAGCCCUGGGUUUCCCUCAGGGUUCCAAUCUUAGAGCAAAGGGUGCCCAGAAGCAAGAUCUGUUGUGGAAGCCCAGCUCCACAUGUAGGCCCCACAUUCCCUUGGUUGGUCAUUCCAGUGGGGUUCCCUCAGUGCACAGAACCCCCCUUUCUGGAUGGGCUUUGCUGGCCACACAGAUGACCAACACCCGAAGAGCCUGACAGAGGCUUGCUUGACUGGGACACACGAAGACAGACUAUAGGCACAGCCCACAGGCCUCAGAGAGGGUACCUUGGCACUACUGGGCUGUGGUCCCUGGGCAGGCACUAGAGCCUGCGGUCAGAGUUGGCCUCCAUCUCCAGGCCUGGCUCACGGGGGCUUGAAGCCGCUCCCUCCUCUGUGGCUUCGCUAGCCCUCUGGGAGCUCUUCUCUUGGCAUCGCUUCAGUCACCCUGCAGAGGGCCAAGCAGAAAGCAAGGAUGAAUGCUCCUUCCCCAGCACACUCUCUCCAGGGCUGAAGCUGCCCAUACCUCCCAGACUCAUGCCUGAUUCCUUGGGGGUGUCAGGCUUACCAUGAAUGAAGAAAAGAUCCUGUCUCUGCCCCAGGAAUGCUCUCACCUAGCCUUGGAAAUUUCCAGAAGUUGGACAGUUUGCCUGACAGGGUUAAUUUGCAGUGGUUGGCUCAGCUGUGAUGAGGCAUUACAGACUGUAGGAAGCUUUCCACGUGAGCUGGGGUCAGACUGAGCAGUGCCUGGGCUUGCCCCUCCCCAGGCCCAUAUGGUCUCCAGCAAUAACCCUAAGUACCCAAUCUGUGGGGAUUCAUUUCCAGAGUUGGGGUGAAUUUCCUUAUUUAUUGUCACCCAUGCCUUUACUUUCCAAUCUUCAUCCUCAUCUGAUGUACUUUGAAGAGACCCCAGUGACCAAGAACCAAUCUCCUUAAGCCAAGAUCAAGCUUCAGUCUCCCCCAGCUUCUCCUUUGCUUCCAGGAGAAAAUUCACUGAAAAAUUACCUCCUGGCCUCUUGUUUAUACAGAGACAACAACUGAGCGGGGAAAUGGGGAUCUUUUAUGCACCAGAGCUGCUUCUGAAGCAGGAAGCAGCAGGACUCUUGGUGUUUCAUGCUGCCUUAUUUAUAUUAAAGGAAGAAUUAAAUUCUUGCAAGGAGUA